CACUUAUUAAUUAUUCAGUUCGCUUCUGCAUUUCAUAACGUCAAACAGGCACAUCGAUCUUGGUUCAAAAAUGUUCAAAUCUAAAGUUAUAUUGUUUUUUCUGUUAGUUACUCUCAGAUUGAGUAAUGGACAAAAUUUCCUUGGUGACUCCAUAGAAUUUAAUGCGCCUGAAAACUAUGAUGACUGGGAAGCCGAAAAUAUAUACAAUGAUAUAUGGGAUGAAGAGGAUCAGAUAUUUUCUGAACAAAAGUCAACUCAAAAUAUGCUCCAAAUGAUAUGUACGGAUUACGAUUUAAUAUACAUUGGUAAAUUGAUCGAUUGUGAAAAUAUCAAAAUUAAACACAAAAAAUUGGAUUUCACAAAGAAUCAUCAAAUCGGUAAAAGAGAAGUUAGUGAAGAUAAUCUGGAAGAAGGUUCCGGAGAUGACGCAGGUUUAGAAGACGAAGAUGACAUAGCGGAAAACGACAAUUUACCUUCUAAAACCCAAUCACUUUCGUUAGAACCAAGUGUGGAAACAAAACCAGAAGAGCUUCAAAAAUUAGAUGCUAAAUCAGAACAGGAACCACAAGAUGUAGAGUCUUUAGAUGAUAAGCAACCGAAUCUCGAAACUGAUAAAGAUGAUUUACAAACGGUUAAUGCUGUCGAAAACGAAAAAGCAAUCCAAGACGCUCAGUCAUUGAUUACACCAACUCAAGAUAAACAAGAAAACAAUGACUCUGUUGAUUUAGAACAAAUAGUACCAAAAUCUGAACAAGAAAAAGAUGAUGACAAUAAAUCAUUUAAAACUCAAUCAUUGAUCGUUCCAGAAAAACCAGAAUCAGCUCCUGAUAUGCCCGAAGACGACGAAACAACAAAAGAUACACUCAAACUAGAAUCCCCGGAAGAGAAAUCCCCAAAUUUACAGCCACCACAAGAAGAAAAAGUAGAAGAUACACAAAACGUUGAAGCAAAAAAACUCGAACCAAACCAAGACGAAUCACCUAAAGUUGAGCAAACUGAGAACGUACAACCAAUUGAAGAACCUAAAUCAGUCGAUUACUCAGUUGCCGAUGCUCAAGAAAAUAUUAGUUCUGUUUCUUCACUUUCUGAAGAUAAUAUUGAACCGAAAGGCGUAGAAUCAACCACAGCAAAUGGAAAACAAGAGGAAACAAUAGAAAAAUCGGAAAAAGAAAUUAAUAAUAAUAAAUCAUCAUUUGAAACUCAAUCUUUGAAAAUUCCAGAAACACCAGAAGCAAGUACAAAACUAGAGGAAACAUCCCCUGAAGAGAAAUCACAAAAUGUAGAACCUCUACGAGAAGAAAAAAUCGAAGAAACUCAAGACGUUGAAUCUUCAGAAAAACCAGGACCAACCCAAGAAGAUUUACCUAAAGUUGAACCGAUUGAUAACUUACAACCAAUUCAAGAAGCUAAAUCAGCUGAUGCUCAAGAAAACAAUAAAUCAUCGUUUGAAACUCAAUCACUGAAUAUUCCGGAAAUUCCAGAAUCCGUUUCAAAGGAUACGCAUAAACCUGAAGAAAAUAAAGAAGCAGCACCAACUCCUAAACCUGAAGAAGCGAAAACCGAAGGAGCAAAAGAAGAAAAGCCUAAAACGCAGGAAGUGGCAAAUCCUCAAGAGCCAAUUGUGGAAACAUCUAUCAAAGAUGAUAAAUCUAAAUCAAGUGAAACAGCAGUAAAAGUUGAAGAAAGUAAGAAUAAAAAAGAAGGUCAAGAAGAGAUUAACCCGCUUCAAAGUGGAAUUGCGAUUUUUAAAACUAACGCUAACAUGGAAGAUACAGAUAAGCAGUUGGCAAAAAGUAAAUCCAACGAAAGCAUUAAGUCUACAGCAACUGAUGCAGAAGAACCAAAAUCUGGAGCAAGUGAAACCCAAGAGACAAGUAAAAAGAAUAAUACUUUGCUGUUUGUAAUAUUCGGAGCAGUUUUAGUAGUAGGUGCAGCAGCUUUUGGUUAUAAUUUUUAUAAGAAAAGAAGCAACAGAGCCGUGGCAGUUAGUACCACGGCAAAUGGUACUUCGAGAACGGAUCCUGAGGAAGGUCGCGAGAUGAAACCUUUAAUGAAGUCACCCGAAGAGAAUAAUUCUGUUGAAUAUAAAGAUGAAAAAUGAUGUUAAACCAAAGAUUACGAGUGAACUUAGAUUUUUUGACAUUUCAAGUUGUGAGUUUUCACAUACAUUUUACCAUAGACUGUUUUUAUACAUAAUUUCUAGAUAGCUUAUUAAAAAGUGCAAAAGGUUUUAUUACAAA